AUGUUAGAGUAUGAUAUUUCCCGAUUUGUCAAUCUGGGACAUGAAGUUAACAUCGCAAAUUAUAAUGUUACAGGAACCAGGUAUGGUGCUAGCUUGCGUAAGCAAAUCAAGAAGAUGGAGGUAUCUCAGCAUUCCAAGUACUUUUGCGAGUUCUGUGGGAAGUUUGCUGUGAAGAGGAAAGCAGUUGGAAUUUGGGGGUGCAAGGACUGUGGGAAGGUGAAGGCUGGUGGUGCUUACACCAUGAACACUGCUAGUGCGGUCACCGUCAGGAGCACGAUCCGCCGCCUGAGGGAGCAGACUGAAGCAUGAUAUAGCUCUUUAUAUUAUUGGGGUUUCCUGUAGUUGCUCUUGUCAGGCAUGUUGUGGGGGCCUUAUCUAGUGGAAAUGUGGAAUCACUGUACUGGCUGUUUUGCCGAGACAAUGCUCCUUAUAUUUGGUUUAUGCUCUAGGAUCUCAAAGUUGUGUUAAGAUUUGCCCUUGGUUACCGUUCUGAAUCUGACAAGUGAUAUUUCAUCCUAUGCCAUCUUGACGUCGAAUUUGGUUGUGGUUUUC